CCCUGCAGCGGGGAGUCCCUGCUCAGGAGGCGCUGAAUGGCACCUGUGCGUGGUUGGGUUGCUCACUUCACUGCGUUGGUAGGGCUUUACUCCCCCGGUUAGUGCGCAUAGGGUUGCAGCCCGAGAUUGAGCCUGUGCAGCGUUGCAGGGUGGUCUUCUCCGUGCUUUUUUAGAAGUUAAGCCCGGCUGAAAGUAGAAAGGGGACUCGCUUCCAAGUAAUUGUGUGCAACAGGAUCGCAGUCUCGGACGCGCAGAGCGGUGGAGACGACUGCGAUGGUUCCCGGUCGCGUACCUCUUUAAACUGCAAAGCCUAACCCCAUUUACCUGGUAAGCCCCAUUUAAUUUGGUGGGAUUUACUCCUGAGUAGGCGUGGUUAGGAUUGCACUGUAAACUAUGAGAUGCCUUGUGUGUGGUGGGGGGAUACUUAGCUAUCCAAAGCAAUGGAUUAGCUUCAAUUAAAUCAUUUAGCCCCGAUGUAUGUCACAAGACAGGUCAUGAGAUCCUGAAUUGUACUGCAGCACCAUCAGUUGAUUCUCGUUAAUUUUUAACGCGUUUUGUAAUGACACAAACAAAGAUCAGUUAAUGCGGAUUAGUUAUGGCUUCAGAAACGCAGAUAAAAACUUCUAUUUCGUCUAUAAGAAUGAUACACUCGCCUUUUAACCGCUCUGGCUGUGCUUAAAGUGUGUUAAGGAGCAAUUAAUUGUUUCUUGCAUCGUUUGGGCUACAAUCCUAAACACAUUUACUGGUUAAACCCCUCUGCCAUUGGACACAAUGAGACUUACUAUUGAGUAAACGUCCCUAGAACCACCAUGUUGACAUAUGACAGACCUUUUUCCGCCCCAUUGUUGACAAUCACCACCACCCCUGUAUAUUUAUGUAAGCGCAAUUGCAACAAAGGGGGCUCUUGUUCAUGAAACUUAUUCCGCUUUGAAAGUACCUUUCCGUGCAAUUCACAUUUUCGGGGAAGGAAUGUGCUUAGGGCUGCAAGGUUUGUUCCUCAUAAGAUGAGCGAUAAAUCACCGGAGUCCCCCCCUCUCCUGCAUAUUUGUGGGAGAAAUGAGAGAGCCAGCCCACAUUAAUUAUCCUAUGGAACCAAAGGACAAGGCAAUCCUAUGCACGCUUACUCAGAAGAAGCCCUAGUGCGUCCAAUGGAGUUUACUGUAUGUCGAUAAUGCUGAACAGGAUUACUUGGGAGUCGGGUCUGUUAAACUGCGCGCGCCCCGUUGAAAGCAGCUGGGUCUGCUCCUCAAAGAAAAACGUGGUUUACCAAAUGCUGGGUGGCUGUGCAUCCCCCCCCCGCCCCCUCCACUUUUCAUUCCAUGCGCGCCGUGAAGUGGAGAACAAAAAGGCAGGGAAAGUUCACCAGGUGCUGGGCAGAUGCGGCGGGACUCCAACUCCCAUCAUCCUCAGCGGGCAGUGCCAAUGGGAAGGGAUGCUGGGAGCUGAAGUCUCGCAAUGUUUGGAGACCCCCCCCCCCGCCUCGGGUACCCGUCAACUUGCAGUUAUUCCAAGUCAGAGGACCCUCCCAAGUGUAACUAGGCAGUUGUCCUGCCGCCAGCCCGCCAUGGCAAGCACUGGGCGUGUGCCGUGCCCCGGCCAAGGCGGAAGGCUUCGGCCGCCGCCGCCUUGGGGAAAGACGUUAGCUGAGGAGGAGGCCGCGGGCCGCCUUCCCGCGCUUUUUCCUGAGGAGAGGCGGGAGCCCCUUCUCUCGGUGAUGCUUCCCUCCCAGUGACUGCCCGACACGGGCAUAGCGAGAAGUGUGGAGAUGCCUGCUACACGUGUAGCAGGAGGAGGAAAGGGGAGAAAGAGACUCUGCCCUUUUCAGAUAGUAGAUUGAAGAAAUCUCUUUUUUAACGCUCGUUUUUUGUAGGCCAGGGAAUGAAAACAUCUCUGCAAACCGAAAGUUGGCUUCUGAGGCAGUAGGCUGUGGCAAAAGCAAAACCCUAGAUCAGACUACCCCGACCAGAUAUCCUGCUAUCCAAUGGAUUCCCUCACAAGGGAUUGUCCUCUGCUUUUCUUUGGACUAUCUCAGUGAGGGAGAGAUAGGGGGGUCGUCUUCUGAGCAGCCCAGGACUACAAUUGAGUGGUUCAGGCCCUUGGGCUGGAGAGAUUUGGAAAGGAGAAGAAAAUAAAGUUUCCAGCAUCUAAAGACCCUUAUGCAAGUCUAUGAUGCUACCACACUUGGGGUCACUUCACCUCAAGAAGAAUAGAGUUGGAAAAGGUACAGAAAAUGUUCCAAGAGGAUGGAGCGACUCUCCUAUGAAGAUUGGUGCAGGAUUUGGAAAUUUUUUAGUUUAGAUAAAAGCUGAGUACAAGGCAACAUGAUAGAAGUGUAUAAAAGUAUGCAUGGGAUAGAGAAGCGAGAUAGAAAGUUUUUCUCCCUCUCUUACGGCACUAGAACUCAGAUCCAAUGAAACUGAAUUCUGGAAGAUUCGGGAUAUAGAAAAGAAAGACCUUCUUCAUGCAUCACAUAGUUAAACAAUGGAACUCCCUCCCUCAGGAGGCAAUGAUGACCACCAACUUGGAUGGCUUUAAAAGAGGGUUGGACAAAUUCAUAGAUAAGGCUAUUGAUGGCAAUUAGCCAUGAUGCCUAUGCCCCUGCUUCCAAUGUUGAAGGUGGCAUACCUCUGAAUAUCAGCUGCUGAGAAUCACAAGUGGGAAGAGUGUUGUUGUGCUCAUAUUCUACUUGUGGCUUUGCUAUUGGGGCAUCUCGUAGGAUGCUGGACUAGAUGGGCCUUUGGCCUGAUUCAGCAGCUAGGCUCUUUUUAUGUACUACCUUCAGUGUCAGAGGUACUGUGUCUCUGGAUGCUAGUUUCUCCAGGUAGAAUUGAGAAUGUCCCCUGACUGAAACCUGGGAGAGCUGCUGCCAGUCACUGUAGGCAAUAUUGAGCUAGAUGGACCAAUGGUCUGACUCUGUACAGGGCCACUUUCCAUAUAUGCUUACUGAUUUUUAAGAAAAUAAAUCCUUAUGUUUUGACAAAGGAUUUUUCUUACCAGAAAACAGUGGUCUGGGCUGGACAGUAGAGGACACAAGGCUGUUAACGUGAUGGAAAAGAAGGCUAAAUUCAGGUAAGAAACACUUAAACAGAAGAGCCUGUACUUAAAACUCAGCUGUGUUGUUGCUAGUGCUUAAAUAGUUCGGGGGGGGGGGGAACAGUUUGUGAACAAGGAUUGCUACCACUGCAGUGGAACUAGAAGCUGUAAUAUUACACAAGAAGCACACAGUAGUGUGAUCAAAUUAUUUUUGUCUGUGCUACAGAUUCCUGGAUGUCAGACUUUCCCCUCACUUUAUUUAUUCAUUUAUUACCUUUCCUCUAAGGAACUCAAAGUGGUGUAUACAGUUCUCCCCCUUCCCCUUUUAUCCUCACAGCAACCCUGUGAGGUCAGUUAGGCUGAGAGACAGUAACUGUCCUGAAGUUGGCCCCUGAACAUCAUGGCUGAACUUCAACAAGAAGGAGCCUUCUUCCUGCCCAGUACAUUAUCUCUGGUAAAUUUACAGAGAAAUGUGGUGCAUUCUCAGACCUCCCUUUGCUGGAGGAGAGUGCUCAUUCAACCACCAAAGUAUUUUGUUUGCCAGAUGGUCUAGAAUAUAUUGUUUAACAACACCACAGUUUUUCCUUUCCACGGAAUGCUGUGAGGCUUGGCUUCUCUUUUCUUGACCAUUAAUUCUUCAAUAAUUUCUAUGCAGAUUGAUUUUGUAGGUUUAUUUUUAGUUCUGGAAGAGUAAUCAAGUCUGAGCUUGUCUUGAGUGGUUGAUAAAAGAGUUGUUUGAUAAACCUAGGUUGUAGAGAAGCUGGAGUUGAAAGAAACAUCACCUCCCACAGGUUGCAUGGACUCACUGUGUCCCACUGUCACUUCUGGACUAACAGGUUUUGUGGUUUUGAAACAGUACAGAAUGCUGCAAAACCUGCAUUGAGGAGGGUGAGUCUGCAGGCCACAAUCAGACAUCCUUCUUCCACAUCACUUUUUACUCUAGGGGGGAAACCCUAUAAUCUUGUCGUGAAGUAGGGUAGAAAAUUCUCCAUGGACAUUUUCCCAGUGCUUUCUUUCUCCAUGAAAAAUGUUCUGUUUUAUAAAUUCAUUAGUGACCAUGAAUGGAUGCCAGUUGCAAAUAUAAUAUUAGGGAAGCUGAGUAUUUCCAACACUUACCGUAUUUUUUGCUCUAUAAGACUCACUUUUUCCCUCCUAAAAAGUAAGGGGAAAUGUGUGUGCGUCUUAUGGAGUGAAUGCAGGCUGCGCAGCUAUCCCAGAAGCCAGAACAGCAAGAGGGAUUGCUGCUUUCACUGCGCAGCAAUCCCUCUUGCUGUUCUGGCUUCUGAGAUUCAGAAUAUUUAUUUUCUUGUUUUCCUCCUCCAAAAACUAGGUGCGCCCUAUGGUCUGGUGCGUCUUAUAGAGCGAAAAAUACGGUAGCUUUGUUUACUAAAUACAAGUACAGUACAAGAAGCAUUCUAAAUUAGAACACUUUCUAGGCAUCAGAAAUUUUUCCAGAUGGUGUAAUAUGCAUUGGAUUUUUUUUAAAAAAAGAAAUUUUAUGGAAAAAAAUUCUGGAAAACCUACAUCAUUGCUUUCUUGGGACUGGCACGCAGGAAUUGACCUAUUGUAUAUAUCAUCAGUUGAUCAAUAUACAAUCACAGUUAUUUGUAACAAUUUUAGCAUAUGUCACACAUAUUGAUAAAUACAGUACGGUGUGGUUUUGUUGCUCUAAUAACGCUGUUAUUUUAAAAAUAUUUGGCUAUUAUUUGACAAUGUUUGACCAUCCAAUUGUUCAUUUUUAUUUUAUUUUUUGGCCAGUCAAAUGUGCAGCCCUGGCCUAUCUCCUAGUCUCUUUAGCUUUAGAAACAGCAACAGUAUUUUCUAUAUGUAUUAGGUUACAUAUGGUCUUUCAUACUAAGGCAAAUGGAGGCUGCAGACAAUUACUUUUAUAAUUUUCCCUGUCUUAGCAUGUUCUUUCUUGUACCAAAGCUCGUGAUGUUCCCUAGAACCAGAAAUUCAGACAGGCUUGUUCAAGAAUGUGGUCGCUCACGGAAUUGCCUGUUGUCAUCAAGUUACACCAUUCCUGAAAGGCUUGAACUGGCUGCCAGUUAGAAACUGGGCUAAGUUCAAAGUAUAGGUAUUGGUAUACAAAGCCUCAUACAGCUGGUGACCACAAUACCUUAUCCAUUAUAUAUCUGGUGCUGUUGCUCUGAGGUCCUGCUAGUGGAUUUCCCAUAAUGGGCAUCUGGUUGGCCGCUGUGAGAAAAGGAUGCUAGAUUAAAUGGACCUUUGGCUGAUCCAGCUUCAGGGCUCUACUUAUGUUCUUUAUUAGUCACUACAUUCUGUAGGAAAGGGCCUUCAACAGAUACUGUCACAUCAAGAGGUCUAAUAUGUGCAGUGUAGGAAAUGGGCCUUUAUGAGAAGCCCAUAAGCAAGCAGAACAUGAGUGCAAAUGGAGCAGCACUCUCCAAUUGCAAAAGCAGCAUCAUUCUGAACGAACUGGGGCCCGGGGGAAGAGUGCUCACUCGAUCCUGCUUCUGUGCUUUGUGAAAGUCUUAAGUUACCUAGGGACUUGCAAGCUUAGUGGCAAAAACUGCUUAUCUUCUUUAUUUUAUUUAUUUUAAGUUCAAAGUUUAUAAAAACACAGAAACAGCCUAGUCACAAAGGAGGUUCAGGUGGCCAGUUCGCUUCUCCGCGUCUGACUGGGAAUCGCAGGAUCUCAUACCGUGUGACAUACACUUGGAACCGAGGUGGGAGAUUAAAAGAACUCCGUAUCAGGUAAUAGACAUGUUUAUGUUUUAUAUCUUAUUUGUAGGGCUUAUUAACCUAGUAUAAAAAGUAGCUGUGUCCAGUAGGUAUAUUUUUAUUGUAUUCCUUUUAAAACGUUGAUCCGGCUUCAUCAGUCGAAUCAAGCAGGGGAAGAGAUUUUCAUUUAAAAGAUUCCCCCACCUCCACUUUCCUCCAGAUAAUUAAAACACAGAUUUACCAAACUCUGAACAGCAGCAAAAACAAAUAUCUUUACUCCUAAUUGAUACAUUAAGCAGCAGCAGAUUCACAAGUUUGUUAACAAGGAAAGUUUUUAACCUCAUUUUUGAGGAAGGGUGAGGUAAAAAUGUCAUGUAAAAGAUGUUUUUUAGUGGCGGACUUAAAUGGAGGAAUUAGCAUUUAUGUGUGAAGUUCCUGUUUGUUCAUCUUUGGCUGAAAGUUUAUAGAUAAUAAAUAUAUGCUAAAAAGCACUGAGAGAUAUGUUUUUCAGACACCUGGCUAGGAAAUUCCUUUACUUGUGGAUGAAGAAGGUAUUUGGAAGGGUCCUCCCUUCUAGUGCCAGGUAAGCAAAGCAAGUUCUUUGCUUAAAAAUGAUAAGUAUUUCUCUGUGAAACUGGUCUACACAAGUGGACUUAUGGCUAGUGCAUGUAUAAAAAGUGAUUAUUUUGCUAAAACUGUGCAGAGCAGUGUCCCAGACAAGAGUGUUAUUUUACAUGGAACAUGAAACUACAGUUUGGCCAAAUCUGCUUCAGCUUGUAGUUUCAGAUCCUGAUUUGGGGGCAACUUGCAAACCAUGCUUUUUUGUUGUGUCUGAACCAUCACAGCCUCCUGUUGAUUACUGGAGCACCAGGAUGUUGAAAUCCACAGCCUUUCCUUGUUAGCAGGGUCACCUGCUGUGCUGUGAUAUUUUGGGAGAGACUGAACUUCUCCGGGCUUUUAUUGCUGGUACAAAAUGAAGAAAAGAAAAUCACUCAUAAGAAUUAUUGAAACUAUAAUUGUCUCUAGGAACACUUGUUCACAGAUGAAGGGCAUGUUUUAGCUCACAGUUCAGCAUGCUUAAAUGUUGUUGAUUUCAGCAGGACUAGAGCAGUCCAAUCUGUGAACUGGAAGUGAAAAAAAUGAUGACUGAACAGAUAAAGGGCAGAAGUUUACGAUAACUGAUUUAAUAUUGUGUGUAUGUUUCCAUUGUCUUAUAUGUUUUGUAUUCUUUCCUUUUCUAGGCGCUAUUAUGAUCAGAAGAUACUGCGGAAAACCUUUGGAGGGUGGAAGGAAGAAUGGUGGAUUAUUUGGAAAGAAUGGAAGCUCACCAUCCGGGCUGACUGCCAUUACAGGUCUGUUAAAUGUACUUUCUAAUACUACAGAGAGAAGAAAUCCCAUGUUUGUUUUAAUGUGUCAAAAAGCAAGCUGUGCUAUCUUAGUCAGCAAGCAGCCAGGCAUGUUGGCGUUUUUACAGUUCAGUUCAGUUUUCCUAAGUGUAUUUCUUCCUGUGUUCUUACUAGGAAGACACAUUGGUCCAAACCAUGGCUCACGCUAACCAUAGUUUAGAGCCCAAAUCAUCCUCAGUUUGAUCAUUACAAACAGGACAAAAAAGGGGGUCAGGGAUGCAUUGCAUCGCUGCUUUUCUUCUUCCUUGAUAUGUACAGCUGAAGGUAAUUGUCCUGCAGUUCUGUACAUUUAUAUUUUCCAUGAUCUUCCAAUCCACUUUCUCAUAAGCUGCCUGCACUGGCAAUUCCCUGCUGUUUCUUUCCAUUCCGGUGUUUCAUGGCCAGUCACUCGGCCACCAAAAUUCCUCUCUGGAACAGCACUAUAUGUAGCUUUACCAGUUCCUAGGCUUUGGGUACCCAUCCAAAUAUAGCAUGAACUCAUCAACUUAUUUUGAUGAAUAAUUACUUUGCAAAUAAAUUCACAAAAGCUACUAUCAAACAGAAACCCUCUCUAUUGUCUUUUUGGCACCUGCGAAAUAUGCUUCUCUUUCAACAAAGUGUCCUUAUCCCAACUGGUAUCUGUCCUGCAUUUGAACUGAUUGUGUGUAUGUGCUCCUGUUGCUUUUAUAAUUGAGUUUAAAACUUUUUAUAUAUAUGUAACUCUUUUAUAUUUGUUACUAUAUUGCAAAUUGCUUUGGGGCGGCUUGUGGGAAGCAAUUCAUAAAUGAAAUAAAUAACAAGCACAACAGCAAUAAUUACUAGCCCACAAAAGUUUUUACUAGGCCGCCUGCCUACACAUAACCCGUACACAGUCAUUUUUAAACAAAAAAAGGAACAAACUUCUCUGCCUGGGGGGGAUUCUUACUUGCCUUAGGCAAGCAAGCAAGUGGUUGUUUCCCAGCCUGUUUUGCUACCUGUGUAAAUAAAUGACUGCUUUCUGUGUUGCAAAAAAUUACAAUGCAAAAGCAUUCCUCAAUAGUAGUUUGAAAUGAAUCAUCUGUAUAGCAAAUGGGUAGGCUGGGUUCUGACCCUUAUUUGCUUUUGUUGGCCAGGUAUUUCCUGUACAACCUGAUCUUUCGGGCCUGGAAGUCCUACGUACUCCUGCAGCGAGAGAAGAAGGUGACUUAUUGUGUUGCAGAUUCACACGGUGAGAUAAUAGAAUCUGUUGUGGAAGCAUAUAGAAUGGAGUAGGGAACUUGUAGCCCUCCAGUUGUUGUCAGGCUACAACUCUCACCACCCUUGAACUUUGUCCAGGUUGGCUCAGGCUGUUUGGGAGAUGGAGUCAAGCAACAUCUGGAGGACCACAGUUUCCUCAGCCCUGCAGUAGAAGAGCCUGGGUUGCUGUGUCCAUGCUCUUCCAGUGCAGAUGGCAGCCUGCUUGAACCCAGCAUCGAGCCUUUUCUCUGCAUAUUUUGCUGUGUGUUAAAUUAAUCCCAGCUAUCGAAGGAAGCCUCUGCCAAAGCUCAAGGGGUUCUCCAUCUGCUCUGCAGUGUUUCUGAACAGCAACAUGUAUUUUGCAUUUAGAGUUUUGUUGCAGCCAACACAUUAUUGGAUAGUUCUCUGAAAACCUUGCUUGUUGUGAAAUCAAUGAAUUUCUACUCGGAUCUCGAAUCUUACAGCACAACAUGCAAACUAUGUUGAUAUAUCUACUAAAUAAACAUUACAUUAGCAUCAGUAAUUUAGCAGACAUUUUGCUUAGCUAGCAAGUUGCAUUGCUAAUUUAAUGACACCUAAGUGGCGCCACCCAUCUUUUCCUUACAAUUGUCUUUUCCAAGAAGCUUUAGCCCCGUGCUCUGUAUCCCCAGUUGAACCAAAGAUUGUGCAACUGCAUUGGCUUAUCUUUACUCAUUGCUCCCUCUUUUCAGUUUCCUUUCCCACCCUCCCCAUGCUUUGCUGUUUCUCCCAGUGUAGAGAGGCAAGCACCUAUGUAUUUUCUUUUCACUGGAGAAAAAAAAUACCCUUCUGGUUUUCAGAUAAGAGAAGUGGGGGGUAGCACAAAGUGUUACUCUCCCUACCCCCAGUGUUGCUGCUCUGAUCAAAAGUGGAGCAACACUUCCAGCAGCUGUUUUCAGGCAUAAAUACUAUAUGUGAGGCAUCAUCAUGUAUUAGUUGGUCCAGAUGUCUUGGGAAGACAUCUUUUUGCCCUGGUGGAACCAUAUUAUUUCUUGUUUGUUUGUGCUAUUUCUAGACCUUUUAAUUCUCAAAGUUUCUAAGCUGGGUACAUAGAAAUUAAAAGCAUAUGACAGAUAAGAUAAAUGAAAUUUAAGUAUAAAAACAAAAAACUUUUCCAAAAUGCCUGCUGAAAUAGAAAUGUCUUUUUCAAGCACCUGAAAUUGAACAAGGAUUGUUCUACUGUUUUCUUAUAUGUUGCUUUUUAUAGUUUUAUGCUAUGUUUGUAUACUGCUAAGAGAUAUUUAAGUAUUGACUGGUUUAGAAAUGCUAAUAAGUAAAAGUAAAAUAAUAAGUAAAAUAAUCAAUCUGGAGAUCCAUCAUGGACUUACUACAUUCCAUUUGGCCUUCAGAGUCCUAUUCAUGUGAGUUCCAGAACUAGGAAGCAUUUAAGGUGCCAUUCCUCCCUCUGUCCCCAGUGUAGCCCUAUUUGCAGCUGCUUGUUGCAAAGUGCCCUUGCAGUCCUCCUGAUGAGAUACGAAGUUCCUUUUGUGUCUGAAAACAGUCUGAUGUCAGUCUUUUGACCAGCCACACCUCUCUCCUGGAGCCAGGCUUUUUCCGUAUGGGCCAAAAAGGAUUGGGAAGUUAUGUGUAUUGGACAAAAAUAUGGAAUCUUUAAAAUACUUGUGCCUGCCAUUAAAACCAUGGCUUCACAUUUUUCACAGCAGCAAAAAUGAAAACGCUUUGGACGUGGCAGCGCUGGCUGAGCUAUGUGGAAUUGCGCCGGAUGAAGCGCCGAAUGCACUUGGAGGCCUUCAUGUUCAGGGAAAAGAGUGCCUUGCGGUGAGAACUGGGUUAGGUUCAAACAAGGGUUAAUGGGGCACAUGGUGCUCCUGUUCCAUCUUUCUACAUAUUCCAACCCUGAAACAAUUAAUUAAUUCGUAUCUCAAUUAAUAUCUCACCUUUUUCUACAUGGAGCUCAUGGCAGUCUUAGUCUGACACUCUAAACACUAUACCACGUUGGCUUUCAAUUCCACACUUCAGUUCAGACUCGCUCAACCUGGUUGUUCGUCUGGGCUACUCCACACGGACACAAGGGAUUUCUGCACCCCUCAUGAUAUGAUCCCUCAACGGCCUCAGCCCAGUAUACCUGAAGGAGCGUCUCCACCCCCAUCAUUCUGCCCGGACGCUGAGGUCCAGUGCCGAGGGCCUUCUGGCGGUUCCCUCAUUGCGAGAAGCAAAGCUUCAGGGAACCAGGCAGAGGGCCUUCUUGGUAGUGGCGCCCGCCCUGUGGAACGCCCUCCCAUCAGAUGUCAAAGCGAUAAAUAACUACCUGACAUUUAGAAGGCAUCUUAAGGCAGCCCUGUUCAGGGAAGCUUUUAAUCUGUGAUAUUUUACUGUAUUUUUUGUUUCUAUGGAAGCCGCCCAGAGUGGCUGGGGAAACCCAGCCAGAUGGGCGGGGUACAAAUAAUAAAUAAUAAUUAUUAUUAUUAUUAUUUGACAGCUGGCAGAGACGUAUUAUUUAUAUACUGCAUUUACAUCCCACAUUUUUUCUCGAAGGCACUCAAGGUGGCGUACACCGUUUUCUCUUAUUUAAUCCCCACAACAACCUUGUGAGGUAGGUUAAGUUGAGAGGCAGUGACUAGCACAAGGUCACCCCCCAGUGAGCUUCAUGCCUGGGUGGGAAUUUGAACCUUGGUCUUCCAGGUCCUAGAAUAAUGCUCUAACCACCAUACCACACUGGUUUGUUCUCCUGCUUUUAAUUGCUGGGUUUUUAAAAAAAUUAAAAAGGAAUGUUUUUCAUGUUGUUCUGUGUUGCCACCAGCACUUAGUGCCACAAGAGCUGAUGAUACAUGUUAAUGAUAAAUAAAUAGAUUUCCAAGGAAACAAUAACUCACCCACCUCCAAGAAGACAGUUUUUGAAAACUACUGUAAUACGUAAAGAAUGCUAUUCAGUUAGUUAGUUGGUUGGCAUGGUAAGUUGUUUAUGACAUGUAAAGGAUCAAAAAGGGACCAGAAACAUUGGGUAUCUCUAUGGCAGCCUUUACCAACCUGGUGCCCUUCAAAUGUUUUGGAUUACAACUCCCAUCAGACCUAGCAUCACAUGACCGUGGUGGCUGGGGCUGAUGGGAGUUUUAGUCAAAGAUGUUGGGAGAGCACCACAUUGACAAAAGCUGCUCUAAGAAGCAGAUGGGGCUCUAUAGUUCUCUAGCACAUACAUUCAUAAAACUCUUUGUUUUCAUCAGAGUUAAAGUCUUAAGUGUGUCCUAACCUUUUUAUUUUCAACAGACUUGCAUGGAGGUUGUGGAGAAAGAGAUGGUCACAGAAUCAAGUUGCUUGUGAAAUGGAUGGUCAGGCUCUACAGCAUUGGGCCCAAGGCUUACAGUUUCGUGUGAGUGCUGGAAAUAUCAACCCUUUAAACCCUGUGUGCCUUUGUGUUGUGUGCACACACUAACACUCACCAAAGGCCCAGAUUCAGAGUUCUCUGACAACCAGUGCAAGGGCUGUUGUAGUAGCAUAAUAAAGCACAAUCUGAAAUCCAGUUCAAGAGUUGCGCUAGCAGAGGUUUUGUUGUGGAACUGGUUGUGCAACAAGAAGUAUAGGAGCUAGUGAAAACUGUGGCACAACUAUCCAUGUGAACCAUGCUGGCUCUUUUCACCUUCUCUUGCACAAGCCAUUCUUGCUCGCGCAAGUGUAACUAGCACACAGCUGAAUUUCGCCCAUUAGCUAACAAAAUUAUUAUUAUUUAAUUGCUGCUGUUUGUAAUGAUGGGUGCAAUUUCUGUGAAUCGUUUGCAGAUAAGAUCUGCCUUGCCUCUUCUUUCACUGCCUUGUUUUCGGACCCUUAUUCUUCCUGUUCAUCCUUGUUGUCAGGCCUGGCUCAAAUGGAAGGAGUGCUAUAUGUGCAUCCAAGAUGAGAGAAAGGAGGAGGCCAGGGCAGUGAUGCAUGAGCAGCACAGGGAGAUGUGGAGGGCCAUGAAAUCCUGGCAUGUCUAUGUGCAACUCCGAAGAGAGAAGGAGCAUCAGGACAGUGAGUUGUGCACAAUGCUUUGGGACAAAAUAGAGUUAAUUUCUCUUCCAGCAUCACAGAAUAAUGCAUUUCUUCAAAGAGAGAAGUUUUUGUUUUUCCCUUGGGGUGUUGGUUGUCUCCAGGUGGGCUUAGGCAUCUUCUGUUGCUCAAAGACAGGAAUCUCGGCGAUUGCACUGCCAGUAUAGGAUGGCCUGGUCCAGAACUGCAGAAAAUCUCCACUGCCAAGAAAUCCAGUAGACCACUAAAAGCCUGUACAGAAGGGUGUAGCAUAAUAUUUCAAAUGUGAUGACUUUAUUGCUUUGUUUGAUAAGGGUGGAGCAUAGUAGAAAACCAUGUCUGGAUGCCUUUGAGAGCUAAAUACAUCUGUGUGCCAAAAAACCCCUCUCUAGUUGGAGAUUUCAAGAAAAGCUGUUAUUCAGUGGGAGCAGCUCCAUUGAGAGGGGAGAUCCCAUUUCCUUAAUUGCUGGAAGGUGGCUUUAGUAGAAUUCAGCAUGAAUCUCUGAAUUUCUGGAAAGGCUGUGAAAUUAGAGCAGGGGUCAGCAACCUUUUUCAGCUGUGGGCCGGUCCACCGUCCCUCAGACCAUGUGGUGGGCCGGAGUAUAUUUUUUUUUGGGGGGGUGAACGAAUUCCUAUGCUCCACAAAUCCUCAGAGAUGCAUUUUAAAUAAAAGCACACAUUCUGCUCAUGUAAAAACACCACACAGGCCCCACAAAUAACCCAGAAAUACAUUUUAAAUAAAAGGACACAUUCUACUCAUGUAAAAACACGCUGAUUCUGACUGUCCACAGGCCGGAUUGAGAAGGCGAUUGGGCCGCAUCCAGCCCCAGGGCCUUAGGUUGCCUACCCCAGAAUUAGAGAUACUGCAGGUGGAGCUCAGUCCCUCUGCCUUUGUAUUCUUGCGCCUAAUUCAAUUCUAAAAUAAUCUUAGAAGCAGAAUUCCACUCUUUUGCUCCUGUCGCAGAACACUGAAUUGUAGAGUAAACAAUAUAAAAGUCCUGUUUUCAUUUUGCUUUUUGCAUUAGUGAUUCAGCACAUUUUGUGUGUGUACUCCUAAAGAAUCACAGAAACACAGAAUUAUAGAGUUGGAAAGUAUCCAAGGGUCAUCUAGUCUAGCCCCCUGCUUUGCAGGAAUUGCAGUCCUGGUCUUCCAGCUGCCACCCCGGGACAAGAGCUCUAGAACAGCCUGUUACAUUGCCCCCCUAGCUCAGCCCCUUCAGCACCCACAGUGGGGGCGGGGGCAGAACUUCUCCUCACUCCACCUUUCUUUACAAGCUUGAACAGUUGCUCCUGUGCAAAUGCUAAUUUGAUUUUCAUGCAGAAUACCAUGAUCCCGCAUUUAAAUAUCAUAAAAGCCCUGAAGCUGAAUCAGGCCAAAUGCCCAUCUAGUCCAGCAUCCUUAUAGUAUCCAGCCAGAUGCCCCAGUGGGAAGCCUGCAAGCAGGCACCAUAAACUAAUUUAGUUUCCAGCUCCUAUUUCAUACCAAAACAUCUGUCGCUUGAAUACCCAGUGCUUACGCACCACCCACUGACCCUGAUCCUAGCACAGAUAUGAUAUUUUCUGCCUCUUUUGUUCCAGAGCUGGCCUUGCAGCACAACCGCACCCGGGUCCUCUUUCAGAGCUUCUCGAUGUGGCGUCUGACUUGGGAACACAGGCAGCAACUGCAUGCCCACCAGGAGCACCUUGUUCAGCUGGCUGCAAGGGUCGCCUUGCGAAGACUUUUCACACGAUGGAAGCAGUGUAUCCAUAUUCUCCUCGUGGUCCUUUCCAGUGGUUUGGGGGGACAUGAGUAGUAAGAGUUGAGGUGCUUGUGUAACAUGAUACUUCUGGUGUUUUUUUUAAAAAAAUGACUCCUUUUGAACAUGAGGAACGACUCUAUAUUUCAAUAGGUUUGUUCCAGGUCUGCAGCACUGAAGCAAAGACUGGGGAAGGCCCUGCUGUUUGAUUCUGUGAGCCCUCGUGGCUCAGAGUUGGACCACUAUGUCACAGUCUUUAAUAAUAAUAAUAAUAAUAAAUUUUAUUUAUAUCCCGCCCUCCCCAGCCAAAGCCAGGCUCAGGGCGGCUAACAACAAACAAAUAAUCAAACCAUCAAAUAAUCCAAGACAUGCGUGUAAAACCAUGAAAGUAUUCAGAGAAGUUGAUCACCGGGUGCUUAUUUUCUCUUUUGCCUAACAAUCAGGAGUGGGCACACAUUUGGAAAGUAUAUUUAAAGUAAAGGGAAGAAUGUUAGGAUAACGCAGAUUAACUUGGUGGAAUUCACAGACGCAGGAUGUAGAUUCUUCCCCAUAACUUUUAUCCAGGUCAGUAAUAAACUAUUGAGAGGUUGAUCUAUUCUAGCUGGUUAAGCAAACUUUUUUCCUUAACCUGAAUAACAGAUGUGAUGUUGUGUGCCCAAAAAGCUAAGCACUAUGAACGUGCUGAGCGCCACUACAGAUAUCACCUGCUGGUAAGAGGUUUGCCAUAUCUCUGGUGGCCUCUCUGGAAUGACCUCUGACCAGGAAAAGUUGGUUCCUCCAUGAUGAUUCUCCCAUGGGGCCACUUUCCACAGUGGCAAGCAAGCACUGUGUGUAUUCAAGCAGCUGGAGGCCACAGCCAAUCUCAGCUCCCUGCAGCAUAAUUUUAGGAAGGAUGGGGCUGGAGAUGAACGCACUGCAACAGGUUUGGCCCUCCAUUUGUUGCUGAACUACUACUCCAAUCAUCCCUGGUCAUUGGCCAUGACUGCUGGGGCUGAUGAGAGUUGAAGUUCAGCAAUGUCUGGAGGGCCAAGUUUUCCCACCCCUGCACUACAGCUCCAUGGCCAAUGCUCUUGUACUGCUCCUCUCUAUGUGGCUUGUGUAGGAGAAUAUCCUGGUGGUUUACGCUUAGACAGUAUCCCACUUUGUACCAAAAUCAGUUGUCAGAGGCUGCCAGCUCCCCAUAUCUCUUCUGUAUGAAGCCGAUCUUUAUAAAUCGUAAAUAAGAUGGGCUGUUGAAGACACACCUUUGCCUUUGUAGUAGGAGUGGCUUCUCCAGCGUGCUUCCUGCUCUUUUGCUUUUCACAGCACUGUGGGCUGAGUGCCUUGCGGAAUAAUGUUACAGAAGCUUCUGUUAAGCAAAUGAGGAUAAACUUGGCUCAUCAGCAGCACCAAGUCAUGGUGAGUUUGACCGUGUUCCUUGCUUCAUUUACACUAAACCAGAACCUUUAAUGUGCCUUCUGGGUCACAUUGGCAAGAAAACUACCAUCUUGUGUUCCUGAGUUGUUCCUGUGGUAGAAGCAGUGCAGCAAGCUAUAGAAAACUCUGUGUGUGCUUGUGUGUAAAGUUAGGAACAGUUACUUACAUAUGGACCACUGUGUGACAACAUCAUGAAAGGAUCUUCUUUGUGUACCUGUGCAGGCCAACAGGAGUACCCUGACUCUGACUGGGCUGGACUCAGAAAUUAUGGUGAUGUUAGGGAUAGGGAAGUAAAAGUUAGGGAUAUGGAAGUUACCGUAAUGUGUCAGAGCAACCAAUCUUCCAGGUAGCAAAAAGUUAGAUAUCAUGUGUUGACCAUAAAUAGGUUGACCUACAUGUGUGCUGUUGUCCAAAUAAACUGUGGCCUGUCUAUUUAUAUACAGCAUUCGGAUAUAUAUUUACAUCCAAUUUAUUGGUAUUUAUAUAAUAGUUGUAUCUUACCUUUUUUGAACUUACAGUGGUGCCCCGCAAGACGAAUGCCUCGCAAGACGAAAAACCCGCUAGACGAAAGGGUUUUCCGUUUUUCGAUGCGCUUCGCAGGACGAAUUUCCCUAUGGGCUUGCUUCGCAAGAUGAAAAUGUCUUGCGAGUCUUGAGAUUUUUUUCGCUUUCCGCCCCCUUUUUCUAAGCCGCUAAUAGCCUUUAAGCCGCUAAGCCUUUAAUAGCCGCUAAACCGCUAAUAGCGCUAAGCCGCUAAGCCACUAAUAGGGUUGCUUCGCAAGACGAAAAAACCGCUAGACGAAGAGACUCGCAGAACGGAUUAAUUUCGUCUUGCGAGGCACCACUGUAUAUGAUCACAUGUUAUGACAUUUACCUACAAUAAUAAUAAAGAGGAAGAAAAAGGAUUGUCUGUCGCUUUUAUCAUUUGCCAUUGAAAGCAAACAUCCCUUUGCUGCUCUGUUGAUGUUUUUAUUUCAAAAAGACCCUCUCGGUUGGCCUGUGUUUAAGGGAACCAGGCUUUAGGGUGCUUCACACUCUGUCUCUUCCGAUUUUCUUUUAGCUCUUGCUCAGGUUCUGGAAUGGAUGGAAGUCUCGUUUGGAACAGAAGGAGGAAGAGCGAUACCGCUCCCUGACACUGUCAGCUCAUUCUCACUACAGGUGAGGAACCAACUAUAUUGAGGCAGCAACAGAGCUAAAACCUGGUAGCUCAAUUCUUUUUGAAGUCUGGAAUGCUCCCAUAUCUUAAACCUUCUAGGCCCCAAGUUGGUUUCUUCCAGAGGUUUUGGACAAUAACACACAUCAACCCCAGCAUCCUGCAGCCAUGCUGUCCAGGGCUGAUGGGAAUUGUUGUCCAAAACAGCUGGCAUGUUAUUACGAAUGAGCUCAUUCUGCCCAUUCUUUCUUUGUUUCCUUUUAAUCUUACAUCUACUACUAUUACAUCUUUCCAUCUCAAAGCUCAGUGAUGUUGACUGAGCUCCUGGGAAUCCCCUUGUUUAAUCACUAGCCGGACAUAGCCUUGCCUAGCUUUUGAAACAGGAUAGUUAUAAUAAUAAUAAUUAUUGUUACUACUGUUAUUCAUAUACCACUUAAUCAGUUUCCAAGCAGCAGAUCAAGUGUUACUCUCUGGGUCAUGGGAACAGGGCAGGGAAGGGGUAUCCAAUGUUGGUUCCCUUUGGCAGAAUUUUACUACUUCAUAAUUGCUCGUGUUGGCAUAGGUGGCUUUGUCACUUGUUGAUGGUGACAAGAGGUGCAGUUGACACUGGCAGAACUGCUUGUAAUGAUACAAAGAGCAAGUCACUGAUGGCCUUACGCCAUCUGCUUUCUUUUGUGCUUUUGCUGGCUGAAGUCCACAUGAAGCAGCACAAAUGAAUCCUUACUGUUGCAUCCUCAUUGCCCCCAAACCAUGGAGACCUCUACUGGGUAGCAUGAGUGGCAGGUUAACCCUGUGCUUUUUCUGUUAGCACUCAUUCUGUGUCUGUAAGGAGCUGUCCUUGGUCCUGAGGUGAAGGGAACUGUCCUCUUCGUUAGAGGCAAUUGUUGACAGAACUGCAUACUUUAAAUUUCAGGACUGUGUUGCUGCACAGGUGUCUCAAGACCUGGUCAUGCCAUGCCAACUGGAAAAGGCACAGGAAGGUAAGGGGGCAUGGUCAUCUUCAGACUAUUCAGGCUCUGAAUUUUCCAAGUGGGAUCUACUUUUAAGUGAUACCCUUUCCCUUCUCCAUAUUUAUCCUUUUCUCAUUGUGUAUUAAUCCCAAUCUUUAAUUGUCUCUCUCCAUCCUUCUCAUCUUUCUUUCUUUCUUUCUUUCUUUCUUUCUUUCUUUCUUUCUUUUUAAAAAACACAUGAUACGUGAUGCUGGCCUACUUGGUUGUGUAUCACCAGUCAAAGACUGAUGUCUUAUAGGGCUGCCUUCCCCAGUCAGACUCCCAGCUCCCAUCAGCCCCAGCCACCAUGAACAUUGGACAGAGGUGAUGGGAACUGCAACCUAGCAACAGAAAGGUCGCUAGGGCAAAUUUAAGUUCUGCUUCAUGCAGUUCCAUUGUGGUGUGGGCUCUUUCUUCAACACCCUGCUAAACUCUCUCUGCUUACUAGUAGGCCCUCCAAGCCAGCAUUUUUCAACCUUAGACUCCCAGAUGAUUCUGGACUACAACUCCCAUCACCUGUAGCCAUUGGCUAAGCUGGCUGGGGAUGAUGGGAGUUGUAGUCCAACUGCUUCUGGGAAGACAGAGUUGAAGAACACUGCUCUAUAAAGGUAGAGAGUUGUUCCUUACUUUAAAUGGAGCAGAACCAAGUAAGUGAAGGCUGCUCUAUGGGUAGCUGCUUGCCACUCUAGUCGCUUUGUAUCGCAUGUGUGUACAUGUGUCUUUGAGAUAGCUUAAGCCUUCCUGGUUUCUCAGAGUGAGGCUUUUGCCUUUGUCAUAUGUCUUCAGCUGCAAUAUGCCAGAGCCAAUAGGCACUACGAGGGUGUGAUCUUGCCUGCCACUUUUGAGGCCUGGAAGCGAUUCAGGGAUCAUCAGUGCUGGUGGAGAAAGAUGAAGGGGAUGGCCGUGUGUUUCCACAGGUAGGAUGGAGGGUCAAUAAAAAGAGAAUUUUGGGGAACAGCUCUUGGCAGGCAUUGAGUACCUGGUGAAAAUCUAGUGCUCUUCUCCCUGCUUUCCAGAGAAAUUUGCACAAGGCGAUGGUUUGAAAGGUGGCGGCUGAGAAAACAUGAGCACCAAGAGAACCACAUGGCAGAGGAAAUGGUAAAUCUAGAUUUUUACGUUUCAGGAUAGUAGACAAUUUCUACACUGCUGUGCUUGAAUAUACAAUAUCAGGGGUUUCAGACAGGAGGCAGCGUUGGUAGAUGCUUACCUUGUUACAUUCUGAAAUGUCCUUGCUUGCUGUACCUGCUUAAUGUACCUGAGAUGCCUUGCUAAGUCGUAAAUCUUUAAACACACAUGUCUCCCAGUGCCUCACCCGUAAGGCACUUUUGCUUACUUGGAGGCACUUGCCCUGGCCUUCAGACACAUUGCUCUCCUCUUACUCCUUGUGCACCAGAGAGGAAUCCUAUAAUUCCAAACACAUUCUGGGUCUCAAAGUGAUGAUUAGGCCACUUGGAAAGAGGAAGUAGAAGGAAGCAGGAUGUUUUUUGCACCCACAGCUGCCUCUGAUGGUGCUUGUGCUGCCAUUCAUUCCAGCUCUCCUUCCUGGCUCCCCCUCUCAUAUUUGAGUGACGAUGUUGAUGUAUGAGAUUUAUUUGGGUUCCUGAGCUCAACUGGGUGGCCGUCUUCUUUUUAAAAGACUGUUUGGGUUAUUGGGGACAGGUUGCUGGCAAAAGAAUUAUUCUACCUUUGCAGGAAGCCUGGCAUGUGGCACAGCAUGAGCUGGCUUCAAAAUGCCUCCGCUCCCUAUAUAGGCUGUUCUGCACUCUGAGCGACGGCUGCUGUCGCAGUCCUGGUGCUUCUGGCGCAGGAGAACUGUGGUUCAGCUGGAAGAGCGUGAGGGACUGUCCUUGGCCAAAGAGCAUCACAGCCAUCAAAUCCUGCAGACUGCUUUCUGUCUUUGGAAGGAGAACGUUCAGGAAAUAAAGGAAGGGUAAGGUAACAGACGGCGUUUCCGUGUGCUGCGCUGGUGCUGGCACGCCAGAGCAGCUUCGUCACGCUGGCCACGUGACCCGGAAGUGUCUCCGGACAGUGCUGGCCCCCGGCCUCUUAAGUGAGAUGGGCGCACAACCCUAGAGUCGGACACGACUGGCCCGUACGGGCAGGGGUAUCUUUACCUUUUUACUUUAAGGUAACAGAGAAGAAUCAAUAAUAGCAUAAGAUAAGCCUGGCUGCUGGUGUUAGGAUAUUUCCGUUCCACCUUAAAAAGGGAACAGGCUGUUGUGUGUCACAUACCUGUUUACUUCCUGCUCACUGGGAGUUUCCGUUUUGUAUAUAGCUUUUGUUCCUGCUGUUUUCCUGAAUACAGAGGCAAGCAGUCAUGUUUUUCCUUUGUUCUGAUCUACGUUGAAUAAAGCUGUAAAUACGCUCUCCUGUCUGAAUCGUCCGUUGUGGAGACUGCUAAAAGGGUGUGCAUGAGUCUUGGAAUAUCUCUGAGGCUUGUGUCGCUAAUUGACUGAUGCUGCUGUUCCACGGGAGACCGGUGAUCGUCUGGAGACGACUGGGAGGCCUGCCUGAUGGCUCCAUCUCCCUGGCAGUAUUCCAACAGCUGGAUCAGUAGCUCAUCUUGCCCAGCAUCCUGUUCUUUCAAUGGCCAGAAAUGUGUCCUAGUGGGAAGCCCACAAGCAGGGCCCAAGUGCAACAGAAACUUUCCCCAUCUGUCAUUCCCAGCACCUGGUAUUCAGAAGCAUCCUUCCUCCAACAGUAGAGGUAAAAGCACAGCCAUCAGGGUUAGUUGCCACUGAUAUCGCAGGUCCUGCAGCUAUAACUGCUUUAGGCUGACUUUACCUGACUGGCAGUGGCCAUGUUCCUGCAAAAAAAGCCUACACCCUUGUCCCUUCAGCCUGCAGUCUGUAUCAAGCCCACCAAACCUUUGCAACCUGAAUUCCUGCCGCUUCCACUUACCUUGCUAUUGCCUUUAUGGACGGGAAGGGAAGCAGCAGACUGGAAAGCAAGCCUGAUCCAGAUCUACUUGUAGGGCUCAGUCCCCAUAUGACCUGCUUGAAACUCUUGUUGUUCCAGAGGCUUACUUGCUGGUUCCUCUGCGGCUCCCUCCUUUGGCUCUGUCUUGGACAAGGCAAACAGGCAAUUCCCAAGCAGAUAUCCUUCAGGCCUAGUAGUUCAGGAAUAGUGCUACAGUGGUACCUCGGUUUUCAAGCGUCUCGGAAGCCGAAUGUUUUCAUUUUUGAACGCCAAAAACCCAGAAGUAAUUGCUUCCGUUUUCGAACAUGCCUCGGAAGUUGAACAGCUUCUGCUGUGUGUUUUCCCAUUUUUCCAAUUGAACUUGCAGCCAGUCCUUUGCACCUUGGUUUGUUAACAUUUUAGAAGUCGAACAGUCUUCCAGAAUGGAUUACGUUCGAGAACCGAGGUACCACUGAAGCAGUAUUACCAUUUAUAACACUGCUUUGGGAAUGUAAGUACUUUACGUGAGAUAAAAUGGCAGCCUCUGCUUUGAGGCUCACCACUUAAGACAGUAGCACAAAAGGCCCACAUCUAUCCUGAAGCUUGAGAGAGGGUCUGCUGUGCUUCCCUUUAGGAGGAUGAAAGAGGCCAGAGCUUCAAGGUUCCACUCUGUCAAGCUCCUUCGAUGGUCUUGGAGCAAGUGGCGACAGGUGAGAGAUAUACCUGAUGGAUUUCACAUUGGUCCACUACCUGUUGUGACUCACAUUCCUAGCCUUGUAGGCAGGAGUGUGUGUGUGUGUGUGUGUGUGUGUGGUGUGUUCUGCGUACCUUGAAAUUCUGCCCCCAAUAAGCCAACAUUUUGUUAUGAAAUGAAGUAACAUAAAUUGGGUAGAUCUGCAUCUGUCCGCUGGUGUGGCAUAACUCUGCCACAUGUUCUCAAAGAAGUUUGAAAAUGUUGGUAAGGAUAAAAGGAACGAAAGGAGGGAAGAGCACAGAGAUGAGGGAGAGACAGGGAGGCUGUGGAAUAGCUAGCGGGGAAGGUGGAGGAGACAAUUGUCAGCCUCUCCUCCAAAUGCUGACAAACUCUACCUUGCUGACACUUUGGCUUCGAAGAGUGCUAGAAGGGUUGUCUUUAAAACAACAACAUUGUGAAAUCCAAGAUUCCCGGGGUACCAAAUCCUGUGACCACUGUUAGAUUCCAAAAGUGAAGAACUUUAGACCAUGAGAUAAUUACAGCAAUUGAAGGCAGAGUGUAAAUUGUUGCUGUUGAUUUAAAUAAAAUGGUUUGACUGUUGUUGCAGCCAUUCACUGUAGGAGGCAGGAGAAAGAUGAUUCUCACAAGGAAGUAGGAGGUGUCUCCUAGUCCAACCUUUAGCUGUUGCUUUUUUCCUGAAAGGAACAUGCUUCCAAGUGCCAUGGGAGGCUCAUCUGGAGGGUAGCAGUUUGGAAAAGGCUGAUCUAACUCAUCUGAACAGGUCUAACACUCUGCUUGGUUGCUAUCCCACCCUGCCGAGGAAGCUGCACUUUCCUUUCUUCACUUUUUCCCACACAGUGACGUUUCGCUCCCCUUUUCCCUUGCAGUACUUGAGGCACCGCUCUGAGAAGUGGACGAAGCUGGUGAGAGCUGAUGUGCACCACCAGCAGGCUGUGCUGCGCAGGGCCUUGUCAGCCUGGAAGGUAUGGCUGAGCUCUUACUUGUGACGCCCCAGGUGGCUUGGCUGGGCUCAAGGACAGCAGCCCCAAAGAACCACCAAGUUUGGCUGAGCUGGGAUGGAAUCCACUGUUGCCUUUGCCUAUUGAUGUGGGAUACCUUUCCUUUUUGUGUCAUAUUGGUGGCAUGUGUAGAGGGCUUUGCAAUGCUUGUCAUGAGGUAGGGGCUCUGCACUGCAAGGACAAGGUAUGGGAGUGCUCAGAAAAUGUGUUAGCCCUUUACAUCAGGAAUGCUUUCCUUCCUUAGAGGGGGGGGGACUGAGCUGUGAAGAGGAGCAGCUUGCCAGUGAAGCUGCCUUGUGGUCCACAUCAGCCAGAAUCCUCAGCAAAGAGGGUAUCAGACAAUGUGGCACUUUGGCUCUCUGCCUCGGGGGGAAGGGGGGGAGCCAAGAGAAGCAGAAAUGUCCUGUUUCUUCCAAGCAAACACACCUUAACAUUUCCUUAAAGGGGAACCUGGACUGACAGUAAAUACCUCUGAUUGGGGCACCUGUGGGCUACACAGCUCUAACUUCUGCUUUGGUAAAAUCUGAAAAUUAGGAACAAUAUUUCACAUUUUUCUCUUGCAGGCUUACCAGAGUCACAUCCAGCACAUUCUGUCCCAAGUAGCCAAAAAGGAGGUGGAGCAUAAUCAGCGGCUGCUACGGUAAGCCUUCUUAAAUCUGUGGCGAUGCUCAACCUGGUCUGACAGUCCUGGAAGAACCCUGUCUCUCAGCCCUCUGCCUUUUUCCCAUCCUGGGCUUCACAGAGGGAAAGGAUUUGCUCUUGCUUAGAGCUCCCCCCCCCAUCUCUGUCGGCCCUCAGGCAAGCACUGUGCACCUGGAAGGAAAAUGCUGCAGAUUCUAAGCAAGAAGCUGAGAAGGCUGCUCUGGCAGAAGAGCAUCACCGAAGAGCGUUUCUCUCAAAGGUAACUCCCAUCAGGAAGGAAAGCUAAACUCCCAGUACAGGUCCCUUGUCCCUGGGCUGGUUGGGGUGUCUCAGGCAUGACAUGAUGCCCUUGAGCCUCCAGUUGAGGAAGUAAAAGACGACACAGUAUUAGGAGUCCUUAAUGCUGCCGCCCCUGUUUUCUCUGCCUAGGUUGUGCUCAGAUGGAGGGAUGCAGCCUCCUUGUGUGCAUACCAUCGUCAGCAGGAGGCAGCAGCUGUGACGGAGGCCAGGAAGCAUUUGCAUGCAGGUGAGUGACAAUUUGCAGUAUGGCUUGCUUGAAUGUGGCACAUGGUCCCAAUACUAGCCUUCUGCCUCCUCCUGCAUUGGGUCACUGGAUUGGGCCUCUUUGUAUGGCAGCCAUAUACCCCCUCCCUCGUGUAGCAGAGGAGGAGGAAGUUCUGUGAUGGGUGAUUCUUCCCAUGCAUCAGUGGAUGCAGGAUGCAUAGCAGCUUCAAAGCCAUCCACCAGGGAAGGACAGUGUGUGUUUGUGUGUGGCUCUGGAUUGUUGGAGAUAUAGAUAUAUAUGAUGGUUGUAAAUCACCCCAAAAAAUUAAUUGAAGGUUAAUCUAAAAACCAUCUAUGUAAAAUUUAAGUCCACAAAGCUUUUAUGUACAUGGGUUCCAAUACAGAAUUGCGCUGUUCUCCAGGUUUCCAACCUCAGUGUUACUUGUUGCAGUGCUGUGUUGUUUAUUAGUGAGCUGCCUUCCUCCAACCUGGUACCUUCUGGAUAUUUUAGUGCUGGAACUUCCAGCACCAUAUGCCCAGUGCUGGCUGGAGUAGAUGGGAGUUGUGGGGCAAAAUAUCUUGGAGAGCACCAGGUUAGGGAAGGCUGCUCUGAGAAAUAGGAUGGGAGGAGGGCUAUGCUUCUUCUCGCUCAUUAUUUUUUAUCUUCCUGUUUGGACAGUGAGGCUGCAGGCAAUGUUUCUUCGCUGGAAGGAGUCCUACGUUCAGUCCUCUAAGCAGAGAGGGCAGUUUGUCUUGGCAGCUCAGCACCAUGGGAGACAGCUGCUUAGCAAGUGCAUGGCCAGGUGGAAGCAGUAUCACCUCCAGUGCAUAAGGAAGAUGGUGAGGAAAUUUGCAGAUUUCCAUCUCCAGAGGGUAGGAAGCAGUAAACCAGAUGUGUGGAACGCUUUCUAGGACAGCCUGAUCAUUUUCAUAGGAAAGGGCCGGGUUCUGUGCCUCAGAGUGGCAACCCUUGUGCCUCUUUCCCCCUGCAGCUCCUGCAGAGACAAGGAGAUCAGCUGAUGGCCCGGAGGCUUUCCUCUACCUGCUUCUCAACCUGGAAGACACAGGUGAGGUCAGACACAUCCCUUUCCCCUUCCAGCCUCUGACUGCAGUGAGUCCAUCUGAAGGCUGGGAUGGAAGAGUGAGGCUGCUGACUAGUGUCCGUCAUGUGGCAUUAUGGGAAACCAUAUUGUGGGAUGGAGGAAAAAAGGAGUUCAACUAAAGCAUCUCCCCUAACCCUCGCCCUAGGUGCAGAGGAGAUGAAAGGGGACAAACGAGAAUAAUUUUUCAGUUAAUGCUGAAAACGCAAAAGAACUUCAUAGCUUGUAUCUAUGCUGGGGUUGGGAUUUCCCCCUCCCUCCUUAACCUGGCCCACAUGGUCUUUCUUUCUUUCUGCACCAACAGUUGGCGUGCAGGCAGAGGGAGCGGCAGGAAACCAUGCGGGCGCUUUGGCAUUGGUCCAUGUCCCUGCAGGGCAAGGUCAGUCUUGGCAGGCGAGAGAGGAGGUGCAUUCAUGUGGUCCUGUUUGGAGGGAGCAGCUCUGCUUGCAAGCAGACUGCCUUCUCUUUCUCCCUUUGCUGGAUUGCAAAGCCAGGAUGUAAAGAAUCACACAGCUCGUUCCAUGCGUGGGAGUGGGAGGGAGCUUUCUGCAGUUUGGUUAAGUACAUAUUACCAAGGAAAGAGGAGGAGGAGGAGGGUGGAGACACAGGAUGCUCUGUUUCCAGCUGCAGCUGUGCAUCUCCCAGCAGCCAUGAAGGGCAGUGCCAUCUCUGUCACUAGCAGCACUGCAUCGAAGGGCCUUCCACCUCUGGGCAGGGCUAGGGAGCUGCUUCAGCCUAGGGCAUCAUAUCUUGAGAGGGAGCACAGCAGUUGCAGCUAAUAUAUGUAUUUCCAUUACAUAUGUCAGACAUAAAAAUGUUUUCAAGAAUAUAGGGACGAUCCAUCUCUCACUUGUGGAUGUUUUUGCACCACCUCCCACACUGCUGACAGUUUUGGAUCUAUACUUGAAAUUCUGAGAGCUUAAAAAAGAAAAAGAAAAGCACUGGCAUGUGUAUUUGAGUUCCUUGAACCUAUUUGCUUUCUCUGGAGGGAAUUUUUGCUGGUUCCUUUGUCACUGAUGAAUACGAAAGGCUGUGCGGCCCCUGCCACCUAUGUGUCUUGCCUGCAGGUAUUUGAUGCUUGGCUGGCAUUUGUCCUGGAGCAGCAGCGCAAGAAAGGUCGGAUCGAAAGGGCUGUGGAGAUUUACCGGGCUGAUUUGCUGCGGGAGGGUGUGACCCGCAUCCUGAGGUACACGGCUGGCAUGAAGGAAUUCCGAGGGCACUUGCAGGCCCAGCAUCAGGUGAAGGUAAAAGAACGGGACCCCUCUUGUGACUCCCUCUCAUUUCACAUCUGUACAACCUUAUCAUCAUUACCCAUUUUAUUUCGCAACAGGUUGAUAUCUGCUUCAUACACAGUGAUUUCUUUUUUGCAUGUUAGAUGGAUCAGAUCCACAAUGAUGACUAACAAUUAUUUGCUCUAUUACCUGCUGUUCGCCCCAGGGUCUCAGGACAUUUCACAAUAAUUUAAAAUACAAUGUUAAAAACAGUUUUAAACAAAUUUUAAUUGCCAGAAUAGAGGGUGUUCUGAAAAUAUUUGGUUGUUGCCUGUGCUGGCUUCUCCUCUCUGUACAUAAGCAGGAAGCACAGAUCCCUUAUGGGUUCCACCCCACAGCAACAGAUAGAAGCACACGCCACCCUCUCACAGGUACUCCUGGGACAAGUAUAGGCACAGUACGUCCUGUCAGGUCCACUGCCCAGCUUCUCCCUCUAGGGGGCACUACAGAGCCAGAGAGCGACAUCAUCACAGGUGUGCCUGGCCCACACCUUGCCCCACUCUUCCUUUGUCUCUGUUCUUAAUAUUUUUUGACAUGCUAUGUUGGAUUGAAGCAUUUGGGAGAGACUGCUGCUCCUCCAGAUUCAAAACUGUCCUCCUGACUACAGAGGAGCUCCUUAUACAACUAUCCUCCUCCCCUCAAGACCAGACUUCCCCAGCCUGGUGCCCUCCAGUUAUUCUGGACUAUAACAUCCAUGAGCCCCUGCAUCAUAUGGCUCUGUGAGCCGGGACUGAUGAGAUUUGUAGUCCAAAACAUCUGGAAGGACACCAGAUUGCUGAAGGCUCCCCAAGAAGUACAGAAAUUAACAAGCUCUUUCUCUCCAUUUUCCCUGCCCAGCCUCUCCUUACAGCAGACUGAAGGGCAUACGCAGACCUCGCUUUUGCAGCACCACCUUUCCACCAACCUGCCAUGUGCUUCUUUCUUACACUCACAGAUCGCCUGCCACCGUCACCAGGCUGUCUACCGGUGCGCCAUGCUCUGGAAACUAAAGGCCCUCUGCCAGAAACCCAGCCUGUCUAUUCCGGGGGCCCCUCUCAAGAAGCGAGUGACAUUCCAAGUGCCAGUGCCUGCUGCAAUCUCAAGAGCCGAUGGAGAUCUUGGAAAGAGAACGAGCCUUCGUUCCACGGCAAGGCCUGCACAGAGCGACCACCAGGCCCACAUUUUCCAGGCUUCUGGAGAUUCCAUCCUGACUGAUCUGUGAGUAAGAGGCAAAGCUGCAACCUCCUUACGCUCGCUUCCCCUUGAGCCACCAAACUGUGAAUUUAAUUGCACGGUGGCCUCUCUCAUUUUGAAAGCCACUGCAUAUGCACAGAGGAAGGCUUCUUUUAAUUUUAAAGAGUGGGGAAAGAAUGAGUUGCCACUAGCAAAAGGACUCAGCAGCAGAUGGUUAGACUCUCUUCUCCAGAUCCCAUUCUCUCUCUCUGUUCCAUGCAGGGAAGGUGCCAUGUACAGGAAACUUUUAAUGAAACUUUGGGGAUUCUCCUGAGCCUUCUCCUAUCCCUAAGGCUCUAUUUGUCCAUCUCCCUGGCAGUCAUUUGCUAUUGUAAUAAUAAUAAAAAUCCUCUUGAAAUUGACUAGUCUAACCAAUCUUUAUUACUAGCCAAAGGGCAGGCAAAGAAGGCUUGUGCCCCUUAGGAUUAUUGAGUGGCAUGAAGUACUGGAAUCAUUAUUCAGUUCUCAAUAGCAAGCCUCGGAGUAACUGUGCUGGCUCUUUGGUUUUGUUUAAACUUGUAAGGCUGUAAGUGAUAGGUACAGUUGCUUGUGUAAAUCCACCUGUCAACCUGCUUUUCUUAAAGAAGUAUUAGUGCUGAGAACAUGCUUGUAGGCACUCCUAUGCAUAAUUAUCAGUGUGUAAAAGUUAUGUAUGUACCUCAGUGUUCCCUAAUUCUAAAAAGGCCUCUAACCCUCCCUCCUAUCCUCCCCACAGGCAGGUGGCCCGCCAAGGCAGGUUACAGCCCCGUAGACCUGACUUUCUGCUGCAAUCUCUGGAGAGAACAGAGCUGCCUGGUCCUGACUUGAAUGGGUAGGGAAGAAUGUUCAACUUUCAGACAUGACAAAUUAAUAAAUAGAACAAAGACUACAUAGGGGCUACUCCCACCACCCAAGACCUCUAAUGAAAGGGAAGAUCCAGGAUGACAUUCUCACCCCAUCUUGGUACUUAAUGGAUGUUCAAACUAGAAUAAACUUGUGUGCCCAUCAACCAUCCUGUUGAUGAAAUAAGAAGUAAGGCUUCUUAUUUGAUUGCAUGGAAAAUUCGGAGUGUAGCAGAAUAUCAAACUCACAAAACAAGACUUCUGCAACAAGAAGCUCUGAUGCAAGUCAUAAAGCUACACGGCCACAAUUCUUCAUGGAAUCUUGUGGAUGCCUCCAAAUUCUUGGAAAACUUCUGCUUGGUACAAAAAAGGAAAGGGCUGGGGGUGGGAUAGGUGGGUGGGUGGACUUAAUCCACUUUACUUUGUAGAGCAAAGCUUAAAAUGUGCCUGAGCUAGAAAAGUGGAUGCUGGCAGCUUGGAAGGUAACAGUAAGAGGGAUUUUUCCAGAUUAUUCCUUGGUGUGCUUCAGAUUCUUAUACGUCUAACAAAUCGGAUCUUUGUCUUCCUCUUCUAGACUAGAAAGCCUUGCUGGGGCUUUGCAGAAAACGACUCCAAGCCACCCAUCUGCUCUGUCUACGGCCCUUUUGUCAUCUGCCCAAAGCAGUGUCCCUUCUCCACCCCAGUUCAGCAGCUGCCCCUUCUCAGCACCCCCACUUCCUCAGCCUGCUCCAGUGCUGCGCACACCCCCUUGGCCAGAUAGCACAGCCCUCCCAAAGCCAAACCCAGAGCUGUUGCCACCUUCCUCCUUCAUGACACGGAGAAGAGAGAAGCCAGGAACGGUGAGUUCUCACACCUUGUUUGCUGCUUCAUGCAGUGGUAGUGCCCUGGCCUUACACUCACUUGAUCUGCCUGAGUCAAAUUCCCAGUUAAGGCUGCAAUCCUAACCCUUGGCUGGCAGUGACAGGCUUGAUGGAAUGGUGCAAUCAGCCACAUCCACAGUCUAGCUAAUUGCACCAACCAGGGUGGAAGGAAAAAAAUGCAGCAGAGGGCUUGCUCAGUGGAUCCUGGCCUGACGCCCUCUUCACCCUCAAAAGGGCCUGUUUUGGGUUGACCACAUUGCAGCAUUACUUGCCAGCAGGGACACCACUUCUGCUUCAUCCAAACCCCCUCCAGCAUGGCAGAUUGCUGAUUUUGAUUACUCUGGAAGGUUUCCAGAUUCAGAAGUGUUUGCCUCUCUGUUAGCCCAGUUCUGUAGCACAGAGCUUAUCCCUCUAUCAGUUUCUAAGGUGGGGAUCCUUUUAUCAUAAGAACAUUCCAUACAAAGGGCUUAGGGUACCUUGCAGUUUGUUUAACACCAAUUCCAUAAGCACAGCUCUGAGUGGUGUCUGGACAGAGUUAAAUAACAUUCUUGUUUUCCUGCCUUUCAGGUCGAGCCUUUGGGCCUGCAGCCUGGCCUCUAUUCCACAAGCCCUCCGGGACCAACCACUGGGAAGGAAAAAGUGCUGGCAGACUCAAGGGCAGAUUUCCUCCUGCCUGAAGAUUUUUCAAUGAGACAGAGCCCUCCUCCCCAUCCCACUUGCAGAAGGGCAGGUAACGAUGAUGGUCCUAUGAGUGACCCACUUUUCUCACUCCCAAAUAGCAAAAGGCUCUUUUUUUGCCUGCAGGGAGACAUUUUGUUUCCUAAAGGAAGUGAGCUGCUUCUUUUGAGGACAAGGGUGCAGUGGCUUUCCAGGAGGUUUGUCCUCCUACCUGGGUGUAAGUGUGUGCCCUCCCGUUUUUGCUGCUUCUGCAACAAGAGUAAGGGGGCUUGUCUCUGAGAUGUGAUCCUUCCCAGAUGACCCACAGUUAAUAUGGCGGCUACAGAGAAGGGAGCAGAAGUUUCUCGGAGGGAUUCCAAAACCCACACUGUCUUCCUUUUCAUUUUAGGAACCAAAGAACCAGAAAAGGCAACAGAGGGUUUUACUCAGGAGGCGCUGGCAGUUCACAAACAGCUGGGAGCUGAGCUCCAGGUUAUUGGGAAGAAAAUGCAACUCUACCACCACAACCAGCAGGAGCUGAAGUACGUAGCCAAACACUACUUCUCCCACUUUGCAAUGCGUGUUUGGGCUUCUGUUUCCUCUGGGAAGGAGAGAUUGGUUCAGGAAAUCCUAGUUGGAAGGGGCCACUGCUGUAGUGUGCUGUGUUGGUGGGUGCAGGGACACAGUUCCCCUCUAGCACACUCUUCCAUGCCUCCCUUAACUGUUGCCCUCUUGUAGAACUGCCCAGUAAAUCUUUCUUUUGACUACUUCAGAGCAAGUUGUAGGCUUAUCCAAGGGCUGGCUCCCUUCCCACACGAACAAAUUCAGGAAAGGGAAGGUGAAAAAUGCCCUAACCAAGGCCGCAAUUACCCCAUACAUUUAAAGCAUUAUGAUGCUGGCUUUCCCCAAGUAAUUCUGGGAGCUGUGAUGUGGUAAGAGUUUCUAGGAGACCCUUAUUCCCCUCCCACAGCUACGCUUCCCAAAAUCAUUUAACAAUCCAUCCCUCUUCCCAGUGAACUCUGGGAAUUGUAGCCCUGGGAGAGGAACAGGGGCUCCUAGCAAUCUCGACACCCCUAAUAAACUUCAGCUUCCAGAAUUAUUUGGGGGAAGUCAUCACUGUUCAAAGUGGUAUCAUAGUGCUUAAACAUUCCUGUUGCUCCUGAAAUGCUUUCCCCCCACAAACCUAACUGCAGGGGAGGGGAGCAAGUGUGUAUGUGUGGGUGGGAGAUUUAUGUGAACUAGCCCUGGCCCUGUACACUUUGGCUCAGCCCACUCCUUUUGUCCCCACCUAUUGCUGGAAGCCACAAGGACAGAAAAAGAUCCUCCGCCAUCAGUGUAAUAGUUCUUAUGGUCCAAUUUCCCCAGUAAACCACAAUAAGGAAACAUCAAUAGUGCUCUGUAAUUAAGUAGUUAUUUAGACAGAUACUGGGAUCAGGCAGGAUUUGUUCAAGGCAGUCCUACUGCAGAUAACGACAGAGGGCAUUACUGUGAAGGCAAAGCAACUGGAGUGGAUGGGCUGGGUUAACCUACCUGACAGGUUUAUAGAGGAGGAAACAUUUGCACAGGGCUCACUUAAACCAUUGCAAAUCCUGUAAGUACAAAUGGUUGCAUUGGGCCUAAUAGAGGAAAGUGGUGGGGAUUGGACCCCUGGCCUUGCUUUCAUUUGGCCAGAAAAGGAUGACAUUCUGGCUUUUUAUUCCAGGUCCUGCCAGCGGCAGCAGCGCCUUCUGCUUAAGUGGCUGGAGAUGAGACCAGGGGAUGAAGAACAGGCGGCUGUGCGUCAAGUACAAGAAGAGUUGGAUCAGGUACAAACAGGAAGUUCUCCCUGUGGCCACUGAAGCAAAAUUAAAUGGCUGCAGAGAAGCCCACACAUUUCCCAAAGGGCAUUGCAAAGAAGAGUAAAACCUUUAUUCCCUUGCUGCCAUCACCACUUCUGCCAUUAUUCUAUCAGCUCUAGGGCUGAGAUGGUGUGAAAAUCUGAAGCAAGAAAGUGUUUAUAGUGAGGCUGGAGGGAGCCUCCAUGUCCCAUGAGCCUCAGGGCUUGCAUGGCUUCUCUGUUCUGCAUUGCUCUGGGGCCCACCCCAUUGCCACAAAAUAUCCAGAUUUUCCUAUUUCAGGAUUUGCUUCUCAUAAAGUUUUGGUGGUUGCACUUUUAAAAGAACGUAUCCCAAGUAUCUGAUGCUAGUUUCUUGUUUUCGGCAACAGGUAUUACUAUGCUGGUUCGUAACUAGAGGGUAUUGAUUAAAUAAACUACUUGGUAGCUCAGCAUGUUCUGGACUCUGGAGGAGGUGUAGUAUUGGAGCAAACUCUCACAAGCUGAGGUCCCUUUGGUACCCUCCAUAAAAUAUCUGAGGGGGCUGGGCCUCCCAAAGUUGAUGGCCAUUGCCAUUCAAAUGGUGUGUGCGCACCACAUCUUGUGAUCGAUUAAGGGGGUGGGGCUCACAUGCCCCCCCCAUAUUUUAUUCCAGAUGGCAUCCCUUCUGUAGCAAAGCUCCCCAGUGACAUUGUGUUUCUUACUCACCUGUCACUUGUGGUACGUGGUUGCAUGUGGCAGACAAAAAGUGGAAAUAUAAAUUUACUUAUAAAUCAAGAUGCAUCAGCUUAGCGCUUUGAAAUGGCAAACUGGCAUAUCUGCUUGUGAGUAAAUCAAGUUUUUGUUAGUUGGAAGUUUCCACCACCCAAACCGCUUUUGAGAAGAACUGCAAAGACCUACUCCAUUUAGGAUUGGUCUGGGAGCUAGUGCUACCCUAGCAGUUUGUGCAUGUAUUGUGUGUUGUAGCUCAAAGCAAGAUUUUUGGAUGAGGGAGGCUAGGAAUAAUUUCUCGGGGGCACAGAUGGCUGCCUCUCACGCUGAGGCCUGAGCCAGGCUGCCCCUCCAAACCACCUCUCUUUGUGCUCCUGUUUCUUUGCAGCUGAAAGUGAAGAUCAGUUCCCUCAAGCACAUACUGGGAGAAGAGCGACCGCUAAUGGAGUCCUACAUCACACGUGUCCAGGAUAUUCGAGCGGCUCUUGGCACUUAAGCAUCUUGGACUCACUUGUUUGCAUGAUAUGCAGUGGGAUGGCUGGAUGUUGUCCCUUUGCUAUGCAGGGGGUGGUGGUGGCAGUGGAGCCUCUACCCCGUUAGCUGUACAAACGCUGGUGGAGGCUGCAAUCCAAUAUUAACACAUUUACCUGGGAGUAAGUCACAUUGACAUGCACAGGAUUGCACUGCAGGUAGUUAGCAUGUCUCUUUACAGCAGUCAAAUGCUUUUAAAAAGUCAGCCACGGUAAGUCAUUCAUUUUUAUUUUAAAACCUUUGCAAUUAAUGAGUUAAUGUCCUUAAGUUGUACAUUUUGACAUACAAAAAUACUGUGCUACUGAUACAGUUGAAAAAUUAAAUGGAUUCUCCGUGCAGGAGAAAUUCACAGCGUCACUAAGAAACCAACUCCCGUUUUGCUUAGGAUCAAUGUGACCUCCUCUGGCUCUCAGCAGCCUCAGGCCCCCACCACAAUCUCCUCCCCUAGACCGGGAAGUUCAUCCAGCAGAAUUCCCGUGUCCUCAGUAAGCAGCAGAACCUUCAGUGCCGCUCUGCAAGCAGAGUAACAAGAAAUUAAAGCUCAAAGAGGAACUGGCAAAGCAGCCAAGUGGAAGCAAUCGAAGGAGCAAUGGAUGGAGCAAAGUUUACCCCCUUCGGGUAGUUUUGCCUUUUUUAAUAAUGCACUAAUAGAGGAGCUGUGACCCAUCAUUCUAUCCUAUGGUUAAAGAGGCCAGUUAGCUGGUUAGAAAACCCACCUUCAAACUGUGCAAAGAUAGGAAGGAUGGAUGACCAGCCAUCACCACCAAGGCCACUUCUCUGCCCUUCAUCAGCAUCAGAGACGGGAGCCACUAUCAUUGGAAACAUCCAUGCCUCAAAUGGCACACGCCUCAGAUGAAGACUUGCUCCUUUUUCUAGCAGUCACCGUCUUCAAACGUGCCUUGGCUUCUUUUCUUAUGGCUGUGCUCAUUAAAAGGGGCAGCUUCUCUCGUGUGUGUGUGUGUGUGUACAAGGUAAGACUAAAGCAAGAAAAGCAUAAGGAGGAGACUUUUAAGGGGAGGGAUGCAGUUUUAAAGCCAAAAUGAGCUCAACACUCCUGAGCCUCAGCCAUGUUCACAACUUGGUUUCUUGAGGUCAAGAACAAAACACAGACAUCAUAAAUAAACCAAUCCCUUUUCAACUGCCCUCCCCCCCUUUGGCACCAAUUUCUAUGAAUCCCCUCCCAGGAAAAAAAAGGCAUAGUAAGUUUUAAGAUUCCCCUUAUUAUUGGUCUACGCAGCAGUGCUUAAUAUUUUGCCACUGAACCCCACUUAGAUGUGUGUGGGAUGAAGGUUCAGAAUAGAACUCUCAAGCUGGCUUUGGCAAAUUUGGCUUUUAAGUAUUUUGCAAGUCCAGCACACAUAUGAGAAAAGGAGGACUACUCCUUUUGCUUUUUAGGAAGACCUGGGCUGACAGGAUCUUCUCCCCCAGUCCUCGGGUUCUGGCAAGUUGGCAGUAGCUGCGUAGGGAGAGGAAAGAGGCUUUCACUGCUGUUCACAGCAAGAGACUUCCCACUGCCUUUGCAGAGGAAAAAAAAAUCUGGGUUUUUUUCACGUCCCCAGCUUAACAAGAGACUAGAUAUUUCCCAUACAAACCAAAAAAAAAGAUUAAGGCCAGAAUAGCAAUACAGAAUGGCCGGGUUAGAGUGAGCUCGAGCUACAAAUAAAAUAGGCUUCCUAAAAACAAAAACAAGAUCAAGUCAAAUGUGGAAUGUGAACACAGUGUUUGAGGUUUAAAAAUACAGUGCAGACUUCUGUUUUAAAGGGAUAGUACCAGAUUUAUAAGAGGUUUCUAAAACAAUGGCACACCCAGAUGAACUCUUUAAUGUUUCUAUAUUCCACUCUGCUGAGUCUCCUGGUUUUGGCAUUGGACUGUUCAGUCUGGUGUGAAACAUAAAUUGAGAAUACGGCUGGGUGAGAGACAUAAUUAGAAAAUAUGGAACAUGGGUCAAUCUGACAGUAUCCCUUGAAAGCAGGAAUCUCUGCUCUCCUUCCUCCCUCUGACUGCAGCAUUUCAACCAAGACUUCAUCAUUUGGUGCCAAAGCAGGCUGAAAAUGGCAUCUUGGGGAGAAAUGCCUAUUUCUACAGGCACAGGGAAGAAGCAGAAAAGCCACCCUGGUCAACAUUCUUAAAGGCCACAAUCCCUGAUAUGUCUGCAGCUCUCAUGGUGGGAAUGCACUGCCGGCACCCCCCGUUCUAAGAACAAGGGGGCUUUAGUUUCCUCACUCAGGUCCUGCUGAGCAAUACUCCCACCUUAGAGAAACUUAUCCUUUUACGAAUUGAGUCCCUGUUGCAUAUAAAAAGCCCCCCUGGCAGUGGAGUCUCUAGAGAGAUCCUAAGGCCUCUCCAAAGCGGAUUUUCUGGCCAGGCUUCAGAUAAAAAUUAAAGUCCUUCGGUGCCUCAAAGAUCAGGACGAUGGUUGAGCCUAGAUUAAACUCUCCUAAAUGUUCUCCCUUCCUCAUGGGGAUGCCCUCAUGAUUGUUGUUGUUUACGAAGCUGAAGUCGUUGUAUGAGCCUUUGCUGUAGCUGGGGCUAUUUGUACGCAGAUCCUGCACGGAGAGAAGAAAAGAGGUGUUACACAAGGACUCCAGGAGGGAAGCAGGUAAGUGCCUUGCAAAGAAGCCUGUAACAUUUUGUUACUCAACCACUGGCUACUUUAGUCCUUUGUGGGUGAAGUGCAGGGAGGGAGGCAUUUUGGUGGUGCCUGCCUGUCUGGUCACCAUAAGAAGGUUCUUCUUCACCAUGGGCAACGAGGCAAGAGGCUACUUAAAACCUCGCUCAAGGCCCAGUUUGCAUGUAUGCACAGUGACACAGUUGCCGCCAAAACCACACCACCCUCUUUCCCGGAACCUAUGAAUUGUUUGCAGGAUGCUCAAGAACACCCACUCCCACCUGCUGCCUUGCAGGACUGAAGUUGCACUCAGUUCCAUAACCAAGUUGGAAACUUGGGAGCAGAACAAAGAAAAUUAUUCAGCUAUGCAAAAGGAGGUAACGGCACUCACUUGGGAAUUAGCAACAAGAAAAGGUUUUACAGUUCUAAGAUUCCUCAGGAGCUGGGAUUAUUACAGUCAUUUAAUAUGUCCCAAGUGAUUGCUCACAGGCUGGGCAAGUGAUGCCACCAUCAACAUGCUCCCCUGAAAAUAUUAAGCAACCUUUUACCAGGUUCAGGCCAUUUGUCCACUUCCUGGGAGAGGGGGAGCUCCCUCCAACAGGGAAUUCGGUUGCCCUUUCCCAUCACCUGCUGCCACCUGGUCCUUUUUUUUGGCCAGAGAUGCUUCCAAUGAUUGAACCUAGGAACCUUUUCAUUCCUACCAUUGAGCUCUGGCCCCUCCUGCGUAAUGUCUAGAGCAGGCCCUUAUCCAGUAAAGUCCUGGGGUCCUGAGUUACUUUGGAAACUGCAAAGGUGGGACAGCAACGGGCAGCUCAACACAGUUCAAGCCUCACCGUUCCACUUGCACUCUAAAUGGUGGGGGCACAUGGGACAAUGAUUCCUCCUUCUCAAGUGUUUGAAAGGCUCGACUCACCUGAUCAAAAUAGAUGCGGAUUGAUCCCACAUUUUGGGCUCCUACUGCAGUCAGAGAGAAAAAACCGUGCUUCCAGUAGCCACUGAGUACAACGCGUUCAUUAUGGCAGAAGAGUUCUUUGAUCCAGCGAGCAACCCCUGGAUUCACAGACAUCAGGGAGCCUAUGGGGAGCAAGGAGAGAAAUGGGCAGAGCCACCCUUUUAUUUCCCCAGCCACUGUUGGGAGGAUGAAAGCAAAUUCUCAGAAACAGCUUGAAUGAAGCAGCUUUCAGCUCUGUAAGACCGUCUUCCUGCAUUAAGCCACAGGUGAGGCUUUGGGCUGGAAAGUGGAAAGGGGCAAGCUGGAGAAGCCCCA